AUGACAGAAUCAGACGAGCGAAGUUUAAGGGACUUGCUUCUCGAAUCAGCAGAUGACUUGGAAAAUGUUCUCAAAAUGAUCAUUGAUACACUGAUCAAUAGAGAAAAAAGUGUUAUGCUGAAAAGUGGGGAAUCCGUUACCAACAUAGUUCGACUAUUUGAUGCCAAACAGGAAAGUGUGAGGAAACUUCUGCAAAAAGUGCCCGAAUUCCAAGAACGAGAAAGUUUGAUUCGAACGUUGAAAGCUCAUGUUGAGAAACGAGAUGAAGUGAUCCAACAGGUUGAAAAUAACCUGAAAGCUUGCGAAGUCGCGUUGACGAGAUCCUGUUUCCAUGCCAACCAGAAAGUGAAAAAAAUGAACGAAGCUGCGUUGCGUCCUGUGAAUAGUGAAACUCUUAUCAAGUUAUCACAUCAAAUUAGUAAGCACAAUUCUGUCUCGGCACCACUCACAUGGCAAAUCGGAGAUCCGUCCCGCCCGUUCCCACAAGAGCAUGAAUUCAGAACUGGUCAGCUGCUCAAUCCGAAGAUUCAAAGUUCUGGCCCACAGAUUUUACUAGGCAAAUCCAGUGCUCAAAAACCAAUAAUUGCGUCACCUUCUGCAUCAUCUUCCAAUGGCGGAACUGCUCCUACCAGAACAGUUGGUACUCCACUCGUCAAUUCUGCUACGAAUGGUGAUUACAGUCCUCGAACAGGCUAUGGAGCAGAAGAAACGUCACCAAUUCAAGAGCAAGUGUUACUGGGCGUGACUCCAAACGAAAAACAGUGGCAGAAUCCACCUAUGCCAGGAGCCGCAACAUCUUCGCAAUCGCCGUUGAGUGGCGCGCCACAGAGUCCUUCCUCUCCAAGUGUCAAGCUAAAAAUCAGCGGAAUUCCAAAUCGACCAGGAGACAUAGAUCAAGUUCAAGAAGUUCGAGAUGUCGAACAAAUGUCUUCAGAUAGUUCCAAUUCAUCGGAUAGUUCUGAUGACGAAGGGUCAUCUAAAAAGACUAGAGGGCGUAACAAAUAA